UGUCUGUCCGGCAAGACGGAGCGGCGUUCUCCCGGACAGAGAGCGAGGGAGAGAAAAGAGGCGAAAACACAGAGAAAUCGCGAAGCCACAGCGCAGAACCGCAGGAGAUCUUCUCUAAGCAUGUGGCCGUGAGCUAGGAGGACCUCGACAAAGCUCAGAGACGAGAAGAAGUGCUGUGUAUCCCCCGGACAGCCGCACGGAGAGGGUCCUACUCUUUCACCCCACUGGACAAUCUGAAGUAGACGCACACAGAUGAGCGAGGUGUCUGGCCGACCUGCCCUGGAGUUCAGUUGAACACACACACACACACACACACACACACACACACACACACACACAUACACCCAAAUAGACACACACAUACACACACACACAUACACGAAAUCACUGAGCUCCUGUCAUGGCCCCAGAAUUCUAUGCGUCACUCUGGUGAGCGGGGGGACGUCCCAGGCAGAAGACAUGGUGGGACGGAGGGCUGGGUACCGCACUGAAGCUAGCUGUAGUUACCAUGGAAACGGUGUGGAGGACCUUGGCCUGUGUUGGGGUCAUCGCCAUGGUGUCCGCUGGAUUAGGAGAGAGUACCUCAGCUCGGGAUGGACAAGCUGCAUUCCUGUCCAGCCUGGGUCACUAUGAGAUUGCCAUCCCGGUCCGCGUGGGCCCUCAGGGGGAGGCACUGGAUGAAGAGAAGCACUCAGACAGGCACGGACGGCGGAGGAGGAGUGCAGACUCCAACCCUGAGACGCCCGAUCCACAGCUGUAUUACCAGCUGUCAACACCCAGCGCCAACCUGUUCCUGAACCUGACGCUGCAGAGUGGGCUGCUCUCACGCCAGUUUCGCGUGGAGUACUGGAGGAGGGGCCGUCUGGCCUGGAGUCACCCGUACUUGCCUGGCUGCCACUAUGUGGGUCACCUGCAGCACCAGCCUCAGUCCAGCACUGUGGCCCUGAGUAACUGCAACGGCCUGCAGGGGGUGAUUGUAGCUGGUGGGGAGGAGUACCUCAUUGAGCCCCUGGUUUCUGCUGAAAACCAUACGAGUGUGGAUGGGAGAGAGGGGCGCCCCCAUGUGGUGUACAAAAGGUCAUCCUUGCGACAUCUGUACAUGGACCAGUCCUGUGGAGUCAUUGAUGAAAAACCCAGCAAGAGCUUCACUUGGUGGCAGCGAACUAUCAAACCCUCCCCCAACCAGAUGGGACGUGGCCAGCUGCCACUCAAACGCUCGGUUAGCCGCGAGCGCUACGUGGAAACGCUGGUGGUGGCUGAUAAGAUGAUGGUGGGAUACCACGGCCGGCGAGACAUUGAGCAGUACAUCCUGGCUGUUAUGAAUAUUGUUGCCAAACUGUUCCAGGAUUCUAGCCUGGGGAACGCAGUGAACAUUGUGGUGACUCGACUGAUCCUGUUAAUGGAGGACCAGCCCACUCUGGAAAUAAACCACCAUGCAGGAAAGUCUUUAGACAGCUUCUGCAAGUGGCAGAAGUCCAUCCAGCACCGGAGCGGCCAUGGAAAUGCCAUCCCCGAAAACGGCAUCGCUCACCAUGACACAGCGGUUCUCAUCACGAGAUACGACAUCUGCAUCUACAAGAACAAACCGUGUGGUACACUAGGUCUGGCCCCGGUCGGUGGAAUGUGUGAGCCAGAGAGGAGCUGCAGUAUAAAUGAAGACAUUGGCCUGGCCACAGCGUUCACCAUCGCUCAUGAGAUUGGACACACGUUUGGCAUGAAUCAUGAUGGAGUAGGGAACGCGUGCGGGGCGCGUAGCCAGGAGACGGCUAAGCUCAUGGCCGCCCACAUCACCAUGAAGACCAACCCUUUCGUCUGGUCCGCCUGCAGCCGCGAUUACAUCACGAACUUCCUCAACUCUGGGAUGGGAUCCUGUGUGAACAACGUUCCCCCGAAACAGGAGUUUGUGUACCCCACCACAGCCCCCGGACAGGCCUACGACGCUGACGAGCAGUGCCGUUUCCAGUACGGAGUGAAAUCUCGGCAGUGUAAAUACGGGGAGGUGUGCAGUGAGCUGUGGUGUAUGAGUAAGAGCAACCGUUGUAUAACCAGCAGCAUCCCAGCAGCUGAAGGCACCAUCUGCCAAACCAGCACCAUUGAGAAAGGGUGGUGCUAUAAGCGAGUGUGCGUGCCCUACGGGACACGGCCGGAGGGAGUGGAUGGCCAGUGGGGUCCGUGGUCGCCGUGGGAAGAGUGCAGCCGCACCUGUGGGGGUGGAGUCUCCUCCUCUAUCCGCCAUUGUGAUAGUCCCAGGCCGACCAUCGGAGGACGCUUCUGUUUGGGGGAGAGGAAGCGCUUCAAAUCCUGCAACAUUGAAGAGUGCCCUGCAGGAUCUCAGGAUUUCCGGGAGAUCCAGUGCUCUGAUUUUGACAACGUUCCUUUCCGAGGGAAAUUCUACACCUGGAAGCCGUACAGGGGCGGUGGGGUGAAGUCCUGCUCUCUGAACUGCUUGGCUGAGGGCUACAACUUCUACACUGAGCGCGCUCCGGCCGUGGUGGAUGGGACGCCCUGCAGAGAUGACUCUCUGGACGUGUGUGUUAAUGGAGAGUGCAAGCACGUGGGCUGUGAUAAAAUCCUUGGCUCAGAUGUGCGAGAGGACCGCUGCCGUGUGUGUGGGGGGGACGGGAGCAGCUGUGAGGCCAUUGAGGGCGUCUUCAACGACUCACUGCCUGAAGGAGGUUAUGAAGAGGCGAUCAGGAUUCCUAAAGGAUCUGUGUUCAUACACAUCCAGGAACUCAACAUUUCCCUUAAUUAUUUGGUUUUGAAGAGUAAAGGUGACCAGUACUUCAUCAACGGCAAACUGACCAUCGAUACACCACGCCGCUUCGACAUCGCUGGAACCACCUUCCACUACCGCAGGCCCGCUGACCAGCCGGAGACCCUCGAGGCCUUAGGGCCCACCAACAUGACCCUCAUCGUCAUGGUUCUGGUGAGAGAAGAGAAUCCAGGUAUUCAUUACCGCUUUAACCCCCCUGUGAACCGGGACACCUUGAGUGGCUUCGCCUGGCAUUACACGGCCUGGGGCCGCUGCUCCGUCACCUGCGGCGGAGGGGUUCAGAUCCAGCAGGUGGUGUGUAAGAAGCAAGCGGAUCACUCGGUGGUCUACAACCACUUCUGUGACAAGAGGAACAAACCUAAAGACAAGAAACGUCCCUGCAACACAGAGCCCUGCCCUCCUACUUGGUGGGUGAGUGAGUGGUCAGAGUGCAGUAGAAGCUGUAGCGGUGGGGUGCGGACGCGGGAGGUUUUAUGUAAGAGGAAAAUCACCCCCACAGAUGAGAAAGUUCAGGAUGACUCAAGCUGCACCCUGCCACGGCCCCCCCUCACUGAGCCCUGCAAUAACCACACCUGCCCACCAGAGUGGCACGCACUGGACUGGUCUGAGUGCACUCCUAGCUGUGGUCCUGGUUAUAGACAGAGGGUGAUCCUCUGUAGAAGUGGAGAAGGUGGUGACACUCUGGAUGAAUCUGAGUGCCCAAAGCAAAGCCGUCCCACUACUAGGAUGCGCUGUAACCUGCAGCGCUGCCCACCUCCACAGUGGCUCACUGGACCCUGGAGUGAGUGCUCGGCUAGGUGUGGUCUCGGGCAGCAGAUGCGUCUGGUGCAGUGCGUGUCACACACAGCCCAGCCGUCCAGUGAGUGCUCAGAACUGCAUCGACCCGCCUCCAUGCAGCAGUGCAGGAGCAGGUGCGACCUCAGCAGCCCCACGGAUAACCCCGAGGGUGAGAGGUCAAAGGGCACUCAGACACAUUCUGAGAUACACACCGAGUGCAAAGAUGUGAACACAGUGGCAUACUGCCCCCUGGUGCUCAGGUUCAAGUUCUGCAGCCGCCCAUACUUCCGACAGAUGUGCUGCAAGACCUGCCAAGGACACUGACCUCCUCUCUCCCUCUCUCCUCUCUUCAUCUCUUUCGCUCUGCCUGGGCCAACACCGCCCCAGCUCCACAUUCCAGGGCAGAGGCAGAGAGAGAAGGAGAGACAGAAAGAGAGAGGUAGAGGGAGAUAGAGACUGUGCUGCUGUCUUCAACUCUCCAGUCCAGCUGCUCUGGCACGGCUGCUCUGAAUAUCGGACGGUCAGAGAUCCGUCUGCCUUUCUUCUAGCUCUCUUUAGCGUGGUGCUAGUCUUCUGUCAGCCAUACUGCAUACCAGAAUCCCUCAGAUCCAGCCAUGGAGGACCACAGCACCGCACACGGUGGUGUUUUUCUAUGCUUUUUCUCCAAAAUACCUUAUUCAAUUCUUUAGAUAACUAUCAGGUCCUUUAUACAGUGGUUCUCAGCCCUGCAGGCUCCAUGCACUGCGUACCUUUGUGUUUUAUUUGGCCUAUGUGGCGUCUGACUGUACAAACCGGAUUAGGUCACUCGUAAAUUGCAGCGCAAACACCAGAGGUGGGUAGUAAUUAGUUACAUUGACUCUGUCACAUGUACUUGAGGUCAGUUUCGAUGGAUUUGUACUUUCACAUGGAGACAUUUUUACUUCUACAGUCAUAUGCAAAGGUUUGGGCACCCCUUGGCAAAGAACAUGUUUUCUAGAUUUUCGAAGUGAAAAUAAGUUAGCACAGUCUUUCCCAACCUGGUCCUGAAGGCCUGGACGGUCCACAUUUUUUUGCUCCAACUUAACUUACAACACAUAGGAAUAAAGGAAAAAUGUGGACCGUCUAAGGACCAGGUUGGGAAACACUGAGUUAACACAUCCUCCGCAGCAGGGGUGUCAUACUCAAACACUAAAGGGGCCAAAUAAAAAAAUCUCAACAAAUUCUUGGCCAGAGAAAAUUAUUUCAUUUCUAAUUUCAAACGGGCUAUUGUUUAUUCAAAAUAUGUAAAAACCUCAACGGUAAAAUACAGACACUUGAAGUAGACCAUGAAAUAUACAUGAAUACUUGAAAUAUUCAGUAUUUAAGUGUCUCCAAGAGCUCAGCCUUUUAAACCUACCUAUUUGCUUGAAGUAGACUCCUGGCAUCUUGUCUUUACUGCAUGUUCAGCUCAGUCUCUGAGCUGCUGAGCCGACGUUGAGUGUUUAUACUGGUUGCACUGCAGCUCAGAUGCAGUGUGUUUGGUGAUAUGACCGGUGUGGAUAGAAUUGUCCCAUAGACUGUCGUUGGGGUAGGAGAGUGAAGGUGUACAUUAUGUUGAAGUGCAUGCUGGGGACUGUAGCGCCGCACAUUGUGUAUCAAGCUACUAUUCACUGAAAUUUAAGUGACUUUUGCAGGCCGGAUAGGAUUGUGUUGCAGGUCUGAUCUGGCCUGCAGGCCUUGUGUUUGACACAUGGGCUCUGCAGGAGACACUUUAUUGCACACAUUUUAAGGCAGAGUUAGUUUAUUUUUCUGAUUUUAACAUAUUGGGCAAACGUUAUGGCACAUUUUGUAUAUCGUCUUAAACUCUGUUGAAAUAGUUCUUUAAACUCUGUAAACAAACAGAAAUUGUGCACUAAAAUUAGCAGAAAAACGUGGGUGUUCAUACCUUUACAUAUGACUGUAUUCAUGAAGAAGAUCAAAAAUCUUCUUUUUUAAAACUCUAGAUGGAGUGAUGCCAUGAAAGAGCUACAAGAAGCUUUGAACUGAUUACACAAAGAUGUAAAGGAUGUGUGCAUGUGAAGAAUCUCCACAUAGUGCAAGAAGUCUAUCUAAGAGUCUAUAGAACUUUUAUAGAGCGCGUCUUAUUUACUAAAAGUGUUUCUUUAAGGUCCAGACGUGGUUCUUCUACGGCGUUGUUCCUUUAUUUUUAAGAGUGCACUUUUCCACUCUUUUUCACGUUUAGUUACUCAUUUCAUUCCGUUACCACGGUGACAGCAUCUGGACUGGUUUGUGAUUGGUCACCUUUUAUAUUGGAGCUUUAGCAUUUUCUGUCAGACCACACAAGAUCCAGAUAGAGAAGAAUAAACUCCCAGUUGAGUUCUGUGCUGACAGAGACUGGACGUGCUAAGUAGUUCCACUGCAGUGCUAUAAGUCGUUUUUGAGCCCGUAUGUUUGUACUUUUACUCCUUAAAAAAAGCUGCUUUGUUUCACUGAAGUCGCAAUACUUUUACUUGAGCACCUGCCUCUGGUGAACCCUCUAAAAUCCGAUUUGAUCAAGUCUGAUUUGAGUUAACGAAGCCCAGCGCUCCUGAUUCAACUCAUCAGGCUGCUCAUGCCCUAAGGCUGUGCUCACAUUACAAGGCUGAAUAAGAAAUCAGAUUUUGUGGACACUGAUCUGUGCAAAUCAGCUUUGAGCCACAUUCAUAUGUGCAUGUCUGAUGUCACUGUGGUCAUAAUUUUGAGUGUACUGGGACUCGUAUUUAAGGGAAAGCCCAAUGAAUUUUUCAAAAUGUCUGCGUAAUGGACUUAUUGGAAUGUAAACAAAGUCAUAGUUUGGUGUGAAAUUGUUCAUUGUAGAUAAACCUCGCAGUGAACCUGCAAAUUUUUUUUAUAUGUAGUUUAGUAAAAUAAAAAAGGUAAAAAAGUGAAAAAAUCUAAAAAAAAAAAAAAAAACAACAACAACAAAAAAAAACUGUCUUUGGGGUCUUUUUGCCUUACAACACCCUGCAUGUACCCCUCUGCCAUGAUUGGCUUUAUAAAAGUUACGUUUCCGACUAAAACCUUCUCAAAACUAUCAUAAAACAAUGUCUCAGACACCAGACAGCAUAUUCAUAAUCACUUCAUAUGAUAACUGCCUGUGUGGGAGCUUUUAGAAGCAUUAAACUCGUCAGACGUCUGGUUCCUAUCACCACCACUGGGUACAAUUCUUGGAAAGUGUCCCAAAAGUGGUCCAUUUCAGAUCAAACCACCCCGAAUGACUUUGUUUACUUCGUCUAAAGCGUUUAAUUAUGCGGACAUUUAGAAAAGUUAGUGGAGCCCCACUUUAAGGACUGCUUAGGUGAGUAGUUGUUGAUGCUUUGUUGAAGUGUGCGGUGCUGCGUGAGUCCGUGGCUGGACACCACACUGAUUAUCAUCAUCUGUUCACUGUUGAACUCUCUUUUCUCACCGAAAUGUUCCUGGUUCUAACUCAUAAAGGCUGUUUUGCUGUCUGUGAUAAGAUCACCUCUUACCAUGUCGAAACUGACAAGUGACGAAUAUUUAAUUCAUGUUCUUUCGUUUUAUAAUCUUAUCAUUUUAAUUACAGCCUUGGAGAUGUUGUGGAUUGUUCAGUGUCAUAAGCUUCAUAAUUGUGUUAGUUCUCAUACUGAAUAAUCUGUUUUUCUGACUAUACUGUGGUUCUGGGUGGUUUACUUGCCAUCAUCUUGCCUUUUGGGCCGGUGUUGAUAUAGAAGGGAAGUUAAUGAGGCAAUGCUGUUGAUGUAGUUAGUGUAAGCGCCACUGAUGUCGCUAAUGAGAUUGGUACAGCUGGAGACAAUGAUAAUGAGUCAUCCAGACUUGACCUCGGCUGUGGUCAGCAUUCAGAGCGUUUUAUUUUAUUUAGACUCACGUGGGAGUACAAAGCCUCUGUACUUGAGUACAAGUAGAAAUAUUACAUUUAAAUUGAUGAUGAUGUCAAUACAGACACCUUGACAUUUUCCCAGUCCUUUUAAAUUUCAAAGCAAAGGCGGGAGUGGGCGUGGCUUGAACCUGAUGUUAAUAGCAUGCAUGAGUGUAAAUUAAGCAGCCAAUCAGCAGCCUAGAUUUUGACGCAAACAUGCUUAUUGGCUCACAGGUGUGAUAUUAAAGGGCAAUUCUUUACAGUGUUGGUGAUCAGAACCAGGGGUCACCAUGACUACAACACAGAUGCAACCAUUUUAUUUACGAUCCAAAACCACCAGAAAACCUACACGAGUCUUUUUAGUUUUUUAUAUGUAAUGUGGGUGAUGGUAAAAAUCAUUUUAAAAAGUCUUUUUUUGGAGGGCAAUUUUGCCUCAUAACACCCUUCAUGUACCCUCCACCAUGAAAUGAUUUAAAAAAUAUAUGUUAUGUAAAGAAAAUUGU